AAUCUGCACCAAACCCAACACCAAAACGACACUUAGCUUGGGCCCCUCCUUUUUUCCUUUCUUCUCUCCAUUAAUCCAUUUCCAUGCCAUGCAUCCAACUCUCCAAACACCAUCUCUCUCUCUCUCUCUCUCUCUCUCUCUCUCUAUAUAUAUAUAUAUAUAUAUAUAUAUACACACCCACCAAAACCAACUCUCCUUCUGUCUUGUUCGUUUCACUUUUCACUCACACAAUUCUUCAAACACCUUGCACCAAAAAAAAAAAAAACAACUUCUUCCAGUGCAUGGAACUCCGGCGACACCGGUGGCGGGGCUAGUAGUAAUGGCUUCCACAGUCGCUUCCGCAAUGGCUUCCACCUCCGCCGCCGAGCCCGACCCCGACUCGGCGGCGAGGAAGCGCUACGAGGGCCUUCUCACAGUGCGCACGCGCGCCAUCAAAGGCAAAGGCGCGUGGUACUGGGCCCACCUCGAGCCCAUGUUGCUGAACAACGCCGUCAAGCUCAAAUGCUCCCUCUGUGACUCUCUCUUCUCCGCUUCCAACCCUUCUCGAACGGCUUCCGAGCAUCUCAAGCGUGGCGCCUGCCCCAAUUUCAACCACUCUUCAUUACCUUCACCUUCCCCCAUUUCCACCGUGCUUUCCCAUUCCAACAACGGUAGAAAGAGAACCUCAAGCUCUCCGAACCAGGACCACUCUGUUCAGCAUUUGGUGUUCUCUGGUGGAAAAGAUGAUUUGUGUGCCCUCGCUGUUUUUGAGGACAGUGUGAAGAAGCUCAAGAGUCCUAGGAACUUGUCGCAUGUUUCUCCUCCUGAGUUGACAAAGGACCAGGUUAACUCCGCUGUUGAAUUGCUGGCAGAUUGGUUCUACGAGUCUUGUGGCUCUGUGCCUCUCUCUGCUCUUGAACACCCAAAGUUUCAAUCUUUUCUCACCCAACUGGGUUUGCCGGUGACUCUGUUGAGACGAGAGAUAUAUGGGUCUAGGCUCGAUGAUAGGUUCGGAGUGGCCAAGGCUGAGUCCGAAGCUAGAAUGAGAGAUGCCAUGUUUUUUCAAGUAGGGUGUGAUGGUUGGAAGGGAGAGGAUGGUGUGGUGAAGUUUAUAGUGAAUCUUCCUAAUGGAACUAGUGUGUUCCACAAGGUAGUGUUUGGUGGUGGAGUGGUGUCUGCUAAGUAUGCUGAGGAGAUUUUGGGGGAGGUGGUGAGUGGUGUUUGUGGGAGUGAUGUGCAGAGGUGUGUGGGGAUGGUUGCAGACAGGUUUAAGAGGAAGGCGUUGAGGAACUUGGAGGUUCAGAACCAUUGGAUGGUGAAUGUUGCUUGUCAGGUUCAGGGGUUCAUGGGUUUGAUCAAGGAUUUUAGCAUCGGGGUACCACUUUUCAGGGUUGUCAUUGAGAAUUGUCUCAAGGUUGCUAAUUUCAUCAACACUGAGUCUCAGGUUAGGAGUAGUUUCCUCAGGUACAGGAUGCAGGAGCUGGAGUGUGCUGCGCUGGUUCGAGUUCCCUCGCCAAAGUGUCAUGUGUUGAAGGACUUUACAUCGGUAUUUCCAAUGCUGGAGGACAUCCUGAGCUGUGCUGCAGUGAUCCAAAUGGUGGUGUUGGAGGACACGUUUAAGGUGGUGUGUAUGGAGGAUCCACUGGCCAGAGAGGUUGCUGGAAUUGUUCAGAGUGAGGGGUUUUGGAAUGAACUGGAGGCUGUUUAUUCGCUGGUGAAGCUAAUCAGAGGAGUGGUUCAGGACAUUGAGGCGGAGAGGCCGUUGAUUGGUCGUUGUUUGCCGCUUUGGGAGGAGAUUAGAACCAAGGUGAAGGAGUGGUGUGUUAAGUACAGUGUUGUGGAAGAACCUGUGGUGGAAAUAUUUGAAAAACGGUUCAGGAAGAAUUAUCACCCUGCAUGGUCUGCUGCAUUCAUACUUGAUCCACUUUACUUGGUUAAGGAGGCCAGUGGAAAGUACCUUCCUCCGUUCAAUUGCUUGACUCGUGAACAAGAGAAAGAUGUAGAUAAGUUAUUGACAAGGCUGGCUUCCCGAGAAGAAGCUCAUGUUGUGUUGAUGGAGCUCAUGAAGUGGAGAUCAGAAGGGCUUGACCCUCUAUAUGCACAGGCUGUGCAGAUGAAACAACGAGACCCGGUUACCGGGAAGAUGAAGGUUGCUAAUCCACUCAGCAGUAGACUUGUUUGGGAAACUUGCCUCAGCGAGUUUAAAUCCCUCGGAAAGCUUGCAGUGAGGCUCAUUUUUUUGCAUGCAACUUCAUUUGGAUCUAAGAGUAAUUGUUCUUUCAUCAAGAAGAUUUCUGCAAAUAAACAUUCGAGAGUUUCCUUGGAAAGAGCUCAGAAAAUGAUAUAUAUCGCAGCUCAUGCCAAGCUUGAAAGACGAGACUUUUCCAAUGAGGAAGAGAAAGAAGCAGAACUACUUGCCAUGGAAGGUAGUGAUGAUGGCAUGCUGGCUGAGGUCUUUGCUGAUGCACCCCUAAUGUUAGAUAAAAUUUUCAUCAUGUAGAAGGAAACUACAAAAUGACACAAAGGCAGCAGGCCCCCAAAAAUGAAAUGUUACUUUUUUGCUGCAGAGAUGGAAUUGCUUGAAGCAGUAGGGUGGUUGGCAAACCGGACUUGGUCAUGACGUGGGUCAACCUCGGAAGAACAUGAGAAAGAAUCUUUGUUGCCGCAUAGGCACUUCUUAUAGAUAAAUCCGGCAUAUCUACUGGAGUGUUUGUUUCUGACAAAUGGUAAGGUCCACCAUGGAGGAAGUGGCUGUCCAUGUCACUGCUUUGGUUGUCAUGGUCAAAGAAAAGUGAGGUUUGCGGAAUGAACCGUUUUGGCUUACCAUGAUUGCUAAAAAGUCUAGGGGAAAGUUGAAACAAGGAAGGAGUGUUAGGGAAAGAAAAACAAAGGGAAAGCAAGGAGGCCUGUCGGCAUAAGAGACGGUGGAUCAUGUCGGCAAAGGCAAGCAAUUCUGACUGCCUACCAACUCAAGACUGGUUCUUGUAUUAGAGAGCAGAAUGUGAUGAUUGGUAGAGGAACAUGGGCAUCUUUUUGCAAGAGUCUUCAUACUUUCAUGUUCCCUCAUGAUUAAUCUUCUUUUUCAAUGCCUCUUUUUCUUCCUCCUACUUAACACAAUCCUUCUUGUUUCAAAUUUGGGUAUGGUGCUAGGUGGGCCAUACUUUUAUUUAUAUAGAGAACCAAAGUUCAAAUCUUGCACAAGGUAAUUGUUGGAGGACUUCCUAGUCGCGGCAGUGCUUGAGGGGUUUAGUCAAACUUGUAGGAAUACCUUGGCAAAAAAAUAUAUAUUGAAGAAUAGGAGAUCCAUGUAUGAUGCAUGUAUGUAUUGUAUAAUUUCAGUGGUAUGUUCUAGUAUUUUGCCACCUAAAAGUAUUCCAUUUUUUUUCGUUAUUGCUCUUCAUUAACAAAGGUAAAAGGAGCUUUUCCCUUUA